AUGGAUCUACAAAACCAUCAUUACUUCCUCGCCGUUCCAGUCCGAAGUCUUGGAAUAGAUGAUCGACAGAAUCUGCUGCAAGUAGGUUCAGCCUUGGUUGGAUUUGUUCAGAUGGAUGGGGCCGCGAAAGACGGAUCAGCUGCCGUCGCGAUUUUGGCACCUGUGGAAGUUAAAAUUAUAAGCUACUUAAAAAACGAAGAGGAAAUUUGUUCUGAAUACGAAACAGUGUGA